AUGGCCGACGCUGCUGUGCUUCAGCAGACAUCACUGCCCGGUGACGCAAAUAUUCCCGUGCGCUCAAAGCCAGCCGAGCCAGCCGAGCCAGCUAACCACGUACGCAAGAAGCGAUGGGCGCCCAAGACCAGGACCGGCUGUCUUACUUGUCGCCUCCGCCGUGUCAAGUGCGACGAGGAGAAGCCUUACUGCAGGCGAUGCCGCAGAUUGGGCUACGUUUGCCACGGAUAUCAAGAAUCAGUAAAUCCACCCGGGAGGCAUCGGGAACAUGUCGUUAAGCAAAUCACCACUCUUGAGUUAUACCAGCCCCCGGUCGUUGUAUCACCGGUACAAGUCACCGCGUCGCCCCAUGAGCUGGAUAUUUUUCACUACUAUCGCACCGAAGUGACGGCACAUCGAGCUGACGAGUUCAACCGUACCUUGUGGGAUGUGUACAUUCCCCGGGCGGCGAAUGACCAACCUGCCGUGUGGCACGCUUGCAAUGCCCUCGCCGCGGUUCAUCAGAUGGAUGCCAUUAAACUCUCGGCCUCGAGUGCGACCCAGGCCGCUCUCGCUGUCGAGAGGAGGCAGAAUCUGUAUACCUUUGCCUUGCAACAGCAUGCCAUGUCGCUCAAGCACGUCAUGGCCAUGGCGCAACAAGGCGACGCGCUCAGUUUCAACGACAAAGGUUCCAUCUUGGCUGCCAACCUGUUAUUUUUUGCUGGCUGUCUCCAUCAAGGGAGGCUAUUGGAAAGUCUCGUCCAUCUGAGGAACGGUAUCAAUCUAAUGCACCAAUGGAAGUUUUGGGAGACGCGGGCUCCAGACGAUGUUCGUUCGUCGCCGCAAACACGCAACAGCAUAUUCCCCAGCGCAUCACUACUCUUGUUUUACGUUCAGAUAGAUGGGCUUGCUCAAGACUCAUCACCACCAGACGCCGAGGCCUCGGAGCGCACAUCCACUUGGCAGUGGGAGCCGGCGCUGUCGUCUCUGUGCGAGAAGCGCUUCUUCUCCCCAGCCGAUGCUUGCCUCGAGUUUGAGAUGAUAUGGAUCGGGCUACGGGAUCUGUUCAAGUCUCUGCCUCUGCUGCCUGAUACUUCGCAGCAAAGCUCUAUUAUAAAAAGACGCGUGAUGCUGAAUGUCCAUCUUCAAAACUGGAAGACUAAGAUGGAUGCGUUCCAAUACUCGUCACCUUACGUGAGGCAGAGUGACGGCAAGCUACUGACCAUCCUCAACAUGCGACAUAUCCUCGCCAACAUACUGGCAAAUGUGGACAUUGACAAGUUCGAAGUGUGCUGGGACGCGUUUGAGGCGCAGUUCGAGGAGAUUAUUGUCCUUGUCGAGUCACUACUCUUUGGACCAAAGGACAAAAACGCGCACGGCAACGCCAAGGAUCGUCUUUCCUUCACGCCGACAGUGACAAAAUCGUUGCAUUACAUGGCCACAAUCUGUCGUCAUCCUAGCCUUCGCCGAAGAGCAAUCUCUCUAUUGAAGGAGCUACGACGUGCAGAGAGAGUGGGCGGUAAGAAUGUGGAUGUAUCAUUCUUUACCCAGAGCAUUCAAGCAAUCAUGAACAUGGAGGAGGAGGCAUGGUUCGACACCGACAGACGCAGCCACCCUGGGUGCCACUGCGUUGCGGGUAAAUUCAUCUGCAAUGCUCAUCGUAUUUCCGAGUUUCAGAUCAAGUAUGCUGAUAGCCAAGAGGGGGAGCUCAUAUUCCGUACUGUGGACGAUAUUAUGAACAAUCGCCCUGUGCGGAGCUCGACCAUGAAUAUCUUGAUCACAAUGUAG